AUGGUCGAUUACGACCGUGUACAUACGCGCAGGAGUCAUCCCUCGGCCAGCAUUAGCCCUCUUCAGGCAGCACAGCCCAUCAGAGGCGACAUGGACCGCAGUCUUUCGCCGCCACGCCCGACACCUUCCUCGCGCAUGUCAUUAUCCGCGUUGGUCAACUCUCCACCAAACUCACCACCCCGCGCCGCCCCUUCGUCCAGGCCACAUCGUGAAUCCAUCAGGUCAGCGUCGACUCACUACGCCUACCCCUCGUCGUCAACAGUCACCUACGACGCGCCGUACCCCUCCCAUUCGCGCUCCGACUAUUAUGGUGUGCCGCCCGACGUAGGACGCAGCUACCUCCACCGCCCCGAAGCCAAGGGUCAUACCCGCUCGACUUUUGAGCGGUCAACCUCUUAUGACCACCGCACCUCCUACGAUCACUCGGCGCUCGUUGAUCGCGGCUACGACGGCGACUAUGACGAGCGUGCGCUGCAUUCGCGCCGUGAGCACACAAGCCGGGCCGGUCCGUCCUCGUACAACUUCCAUUCGCCAUCACCUCCACCACGCGCCGCUCCAGCGUUCCAACCGUACGAGCCCACCUUUCACAGUCCGCGCGACUCGCGUGCUGGGUCCCCAGGACCGAGUUCGAGCAUCGGCUCGGAACGCGGCCAGUCCACAGAGCCACACGCCAUCGUACAAGACAUGGAACCUCCACCUGUGACGCGCAAGGGGGCUUGGCGGCCGGACGACAGCCUUAACGCCAACGAGGAGAUUUGGCGGGAGCACCUGCGCCGGUUCCAACAGCGGCGCGAGUACGAGGCGGCGUCCAUCCUCACAUGGACCCCGGCGAUGGGCAACGGCAAGCCGGAGCCUCCCGUCAAGGUGCCUGUCAAACGUCGCGGCUGGCCCAAGGACCACCCGACCCGUAUCGCGCAGCGCGAGGCCAAGGCAGCUGCUAUAGCUGCAGGUGUCCCGAUCCCGAAGAAGAAGUACAAUCGAAAGCCCAAGCCAUCAGUGGCUACUAGCGCAGCAAUCGAUGACGAGCUGCUGGGACUCGCAGAGGGCGACGACAUCAAGCCUAGCAGCCCCAUGCCCGCGUCAUCGGUCAUAGACGACGACGGCGAGAUGGUCAUCUCAGAUCCCAACGGCAUCAUCAUGCCGAGCGGGCUCACGCGCGCAGAGGUCAUGGUCAAGGUUGAGGCUGGUGACAUGACAGGCCUCACCGAGGACGAUGUCAAGCAGGUGCAGGACGAGAUGUGGUUGAGAAAGAGCGGCCCACCACAACUGCGCAAGGACGGCACUCUGCGGAAGAAGCCUGGGCCGGCCAAGGGUUGGAAGGCGAUGCGUAAGAUGAAGGAGAAGGCGGCGCGUGGCGACGACGACGACAGUGAUGCCGGCUCUGUACUCAACGGCGAGGCCGACGCCGACAUUGCUGCGUUGCUUGACGAUGACGCGCCGAAGCGCAAGCCAGCAAAGCGGCGCAAAAAGGACAUUGACGUCAAGCCCGACGUCGACGACGACAUGCGCUCGCGGUUCGACGAGGAGGAAGACGAGUUACUCCCAUCCGACGCUGAGAACGGCGACUCGCCUCUCGCCCGGCCCAAGCCCAAGAGACGCUCCGGCAAGACCAAGGAGCCUGGUGUCGGCAAAGGCAACUGGACGCGCCCGACCAAGGACAGCAAGCAGUUGAAUAGGAAGGCCGAAGCGAUAGCUCUCCAAACGGCGCUGGAGGCGGUGGGGGAUACGGAUGGUGGCGAGGGCGCCUUCGACGUCGUCGACGUCCCUAACGCCCGAUUGUUCCAGCACCAACCGAACACGUACGACCCGCGUGGCGUGUCCGAGCCCGAGGCGCGCGUGCGCCUCGAGUUGGUCAACGAGCUGCAGCGCCAGGCAUGGACCACCAUCUGUCGCGAUAUCCCCAAGAUCUACCGCGUCAACCAGGCGUACGACAAUGUCGUCAAGCAGGACCUACUCCGCACUGCGCAGGCAUGUCAGCGCAACGCGUUCGGCCAGCGCAACCUCAAGACGCAUCGCUCCAAGAUGAACAAGGACGCGGCGAGCAAGGCCAAGAAGGUCAUGCGCGAGAUGCUUGUGUACUGGAAGAAGAAUGAAAAAGACGAGCUGGCUGCGCGGAAACGCGCCGAGAAGGAGCAACUGGAGAAGGCCAAGGCAGAGGAGGAGGCGCGCGAAGCCAAGCGUCAAUCCCGCAAGCUCAACUUCCUCCUCACCCAGACCGAGCUCUACUCGCACUUUAUCGGCAAGAAGAUCAAGACACACGAGGCCGAGGACAUGGGCGAUGAAGGCGCGGCGCCUGUCGCCCCGCUCGCGCCGCAGGGCGCCGAGCUCGAGCUCGACGAGAGUGGAGAACCGCUGCCCGAACUCGACUACGACGAGGACGACGAUGAGAACAUGCGUCGUCACGCCGCCCGCAGCGCACAGGAGCACAUCAAGGCCGCCAAGGACAAGGCUGCGGCCUUUGAUCAGAGCCGCGCUGGCCAGACUAACGGCGAGCUAGCCGACCUCGACAUGGAUGGAGACGAACUCAACUUCCAAAACCCGACUAUGGGCGAGAACCAGAUAACGAUCACACAGCCCAAUAUGCUCAUGGCCCAGCUGAAGGAGUACCAGCUCAAGGGUCUCACCUGGCUCGGCAACCUGUACGAGCAGGGCAUUAAUGGCAUCCUGGCCGACGAGAUGGGUCUCGGCAAGACUAUCCAAUCGAUCUCGCUGUUGGCAUACCUUGCCGAGGUGCACGGCAUCUGGGGCCCGUUCUUGAUUAUUGCGCCAGCUAGCACACUGCACAACUGGCAACAAGAGCUUGCCCGCUUUGUGCCCCGCCUGAAGACGAUCCCUUACUGGGGAGGUCCCAAGGAUCGCGAGACACUGCGCCGCAUCUGGAACCGCAAGAACCAGACUUUCACCGAGGAGUCACCUUUCCACAUCGUCGUCACCAGCUACCAGCUCGCUGUCCAGGACGAGAAGUACUUCCAGAUGAUGCGGUGGCAGUACAUGAUCCUCGACGAGGCGCAGGCAAUCAAGAGUUCGACUUCGGCGCGCUGGAAGUCCCUUUUAUCGUUCAACUGCCGCAACCGCCUUCUCUUGACCGGCACCCCGAUCCAGAACUCGAUGCACGAACUGUGGGCGCUUCUCCACUUCAUCAUGCCAUCGCUGUUUGACUCGCACGAGGAGUUCUCCGAGUGGUUCUCCAAGGAUAUUGAGAAUGCGGCGAGCGGUGGAAACGCGUCGCUCAAGCCCGAGCAGCUCAAGCGUCUGCACAUGAUUCUCAAGCCGUUCAUGUUGCGUCGUGUCAAGAAGCACGUACAGAAAGAGCUGGGUGACAAGAUCGAGAUCGACGUGCUUGUGGACCUGAGCCAGCGCCAGCGCGAGCUUUAUCGUGCGCUGCGCAAGCGCGUGCCCAUUGGCGAGCUCAUUGCGCAGGCGAACAACUCGAGCGACUCGGCCAGUACCAAGCACCUGAUGAACCUCGUCAUGCAGUUCCGCAAGGUGUGCAGCCACCCCGACCUGUUCGAGCGGCAGGACGUCAUGUCGCCCGUAGCGUUUGGCACGUUCAGCCAGAGCGGCAACCUCGCGCGCGAGGUCGACCUCUACUGCCCUCAUUCGAUCCGCAAUCCGAUUGAGGUCCAGCUUCCACGGCUGAUCUGGGAGGAGGGCAAGCUCGAUGUGCCCAGUGCCAACAGCCAAGCUGGUAGCCAGUCGCACGUGCUGCACAACCUCAUGAACAUCUGGAAGACGGACUGGAUCAGCGAUUCGCUCAAGGAGGACAACUCUGAGUUUGCCUUCCUCCGCGUAACGGGCGUGUCGGCUGGGGAAGCGAACCGGCAGGCAACAGGGCAUCCGCUCGUCACAAUGCUCGAAGGCGCUUCGGCUGCGCACAGCGACGUGGUACGCGGGCCUUUCCAUUCGGACCGCGACUUCGCCGCGUCGUCUGCCAAGCGUCUCACACCGGUGGCGCCGAGGAUACCGGAUGCGGCGCCCGACAACUCGGAGCUUCCCGCGCUCCGUGACAUCACCCGCCGCGUGUGGAAGAAAUCGUUCCUGUCUCGCGCCGAUGCACGCUUGCCAACGGACCGCGUGGUGGCGAAGGCCAUUGUGCCUAUUGUAUCCAACCGGCGUUCGUUUGUCAACACGCAGGAACGGCUUGCAGCGGACCCAGUCGUCCACGCUGCGUUGUACGGCGUGGCAGAGAGCGAGCGCGACAACGUCAAGGCCGUGCAGAGCUUGCAGUCGAUCGUCCCUGGCAUCCCAGCCCAUGGCCUUCUUGGGGCAGCGUCUGCCGACCAGAGUCCUGUCUCGACUCUGCGCUUCCCGUCCAUGAAGCGGUUCAUCGUCGACUCUGCUAAGCUCGCGCGUCUCGACGAUCUCCUUCGCGAACUGAAGGAGGGCGGCCAUCGUGUUCUGCUCUACUUCCAGAUGACGAGGACGCUGGACUUGGUCCAGGAGUUCCUGAUCUCCAGGCGGCACAAGUACCUCCGACUCGAUGGUUCCACGCCGAUCGGCGAGCGCCGCGACAUGGUUACGGCUUGGCAGACGAACCCUGACAUCUUUGUGUUCUGUCUCAGCACCCGCGCUGGCGGCCUGGGAAUCAACCUCACUGCGGCUGAUACGUGCAUCUUCUUUGAGCAUGACUGGAACCCCAGUAACGACGCACAGGCGAUGGACCGCGCGCACCGCGUCGGCCAGACGAAGCAAGUUACGGUCUACCGCCUGAUCUCGCGCGGUACUAUUGACGAACGCAUUGUGCAGCUCUCGCGCGCGAAGAAGGAUGUGCAGGACAUUGUCGUCGGCAACAAGGGCAUUGGGGACAUGGCCAAGCCGACCGAGAUCGCAUCACUGUUCAUGGACGACGAGGAGCUGGCCGAAUCGGUGGCCAAGCGCAAGCAGGCCGAGGCGCACGGAUACACGGCGUCGGCGUUUGGACAAGAGCGCAAGUCAGCGUUCGGUGACGACCUGCGCAUCGAUGAGGAUGAGGGCGACGACUUCUUCUCAGCCAAGCGGCAGGUGGCCAACGAUGACGACGACGAGGCGCCUAGCGGCGCGCGGACGCCGGUGCCCAGCAAGAAGCGGGGGAAGAAGGACGGCCCUAAGCCGCCGCGCAAGAAGGUUAAGAUUGCUUUGGGCCCAGACGGCCUCCCCAUUUAG